AAUGAUGAUAUCAUGUUUUGAUUUUUGGAAGGGUGGAAAAACAGUAGAGGAAGGGAGUGAGGAGUGGAAGGAGAUGAGCAUGAAAGUGAGAGAAGCAUGUGAGAGUUAUGGUUGCUUCCUCUUGAGGUGUGAUGAGGUCUCCACUGAAGAGCUGUUUAAGAAUAUGAAAACAUUGUUUGAUUUGCCUCAGAAAACAAAGCAACAACACACAAGUCCAAAACCUUUCAGUAGCUUUAACUCGCAUAAAUUAGUGAAAACUAGCUAUGAAUGCUUUGCAGUCGAUGAUGUUCUUCUCUCAACAUCUCUGGAGACCUUCACCAACCGCAUGUGGCCUCAAGGAAACCCACAUUUUUGUGAGAUGUUGAAGGGUAUGAGCUUAAAGAUGACAGAGAUAAGCUUAGUGGUGUUGAAAAUGAUUGUGGAGGCUUAUGGGCUUCCCGAGCAUUACAUUUCAGAUGUUGAAAGCAUGAAGAGUUGUAGCCAGAUACGAUUGAACAUGUACAAGAGUGGUGCAAACAAGGGUACCUCUCACGAUGGUGGUCACACUGACAAAGACACCUUAACCGUUUUGUGCCAAAAUGAAGUUCAGGGUUUGCAGGUGCUUUCCAAAACAGGGGAAUGGGUUGACAUAGAGAUACCCCAGAAUUGCUUUGUGGUUAUUGUUGGUGAUGCAUUGAAGGCAUGGAGCAAUGGAAGGGUUCAUGCAGCGAUGCAUAGAGUGGAGGUGAGAGGAGAGAAAGAGAAAGAGAGAUACACUCUUGGAAUUUUUGUGGCACCAAAGGAAGAGAUGAAGAUUGAGGUGCCUGGUGAGUUGGUGGAUCACAAAGAUCAUCCUCUUCGUUAUCGUCCAUUUAAUUAUGGAGAGUUUCUCACUCACUUUUUUUCAACUCGCAACCAUAAUGCAAUUGAUGUGUUUGCUGAUCUUUGAGAGUCACUCAGUUCAUCAUUAUAUAUGAAUGUACCAUAUCAUCAAGUCAAAAUAAUACAAUAAGGA